UUGGACAGUUCACACAGCGGCUCGCUUCUGAGUGUCUGUUCAGUUCUUUGUUUCAGUUCAAACAUCGACUCGACACCUGAAACGUUCACGUAAGUCUUUUAACCCUCGAGGACGCCUGUUUAUCUUCAGGCGAGAGCGUGUUUGUGAGAUUUGUAGUGGUAAACUUGAAUGGAUCCUCGGGUGGCUUGGAUUCAGCCCGAACUGAAAGGACCUGCCAACGCUUUAUGGAUGCGCGUGUGGGAAACCUCGCAGAGGCGAAACCACCGUCACCCGCUGCAGGGGAACACCUCUGCGCUGGCGGCUGGUUUUAUGAGACAGUUAACGCUGGGUCCCAACUUCACACCUGGAAAUCCGGUUAGCGACUGCACCGGUCAACUUUACGAUGAUGGUGGUGCCCUGAGACCCCAAAACGGCUGUCCUGGUCCUCCACGUCCGUGUUUCACUCCUGUCGGACUCAAUGGUUGUGACUCGUUAUCGCCGAUAUCUUCAGGAGAUUCCGCGAGCGGCAGUCCAACAUCAGACUCUUCUUCUGGCUCCUGUGACAGUACGAGCAGUAUUCCAGCCAGACUUCACUUUAACUUCACUGAAAACAUGCGCAAUGUCAAUAACUGUUUACAACAACAACAACAACAUUAUCAGCGUCGACAGACCCAAAUAAUGAUAGAAAACCAUCACAAACACAAUCCAGGGCGAAAGAGACAUGACAAUAAAGCGAGCACAAACGGAAUAAAUUACUUUCUGUCCCACUCCAAUGGCAGUUAUUUAUGUGGAACACCUUGGGCAACCAGAAGAUACAGUCCAGGUAUUAAUGGCCUCCAUGAGGAGAUUGUGGACUUUUAUAAUUUCAUGUCUCCACGUCCAGAGGAGGAGGAAAUGAGGAGAGAUGUUGUCAAUCGUAUUGAAGCUGUGAUCAAAGACCUGUGGCCUACAGCAAAGGUUCAUAUCUUUGGUAGCUUCAGUACUGGACUUUAUCUUCCUACCAGCGAUAUUGACCUGGUGGUGUUUGGAAAAUGGGAACGGCCACCUCUACAGCAGCUGGACCAGGCACUCCGGCAGAAGAACAUGGCUGAGCCCUUCUCCAUUAAACUACUUGACAAAGCUACGGUACCAAUAAUUAAACUGACUGACAGAGAGACCGAUGUGAAGGUGGACAUCAGCUUUAAUGUUGAAACUGGUGUCAAAGCAGUUCGUUUUAUAAAGGACCAUCUUAAGAAAUAUUCUGUGCUGCCAUACCUGAUCUUUGUACUGAAGCAGUUCCUGCUCCAAAGAGAUCUGAACGAGGUGUUUACAGGUGGCAUCAGUUCCUACAGCCUUAUUUUAAUGGGCAUCAGCUUCCUGCAGCUUCAUCCCAGAAUAGACUGCAGAGCCUCCAAUAUUAACAUUGGCAUCCUGCUCAUAGAGUUCUUCGAAUUGUAUGGGAGGCAUUUUAAUUAUCUGAAAACGGGCAUCCGUGUGAAGGAUGGAGGAGCAUACCUGGAUAAAGAGGAGAUCAUGAAGGCCAUGGAGAAUGGAUACGGACCCUCAAUGCUGUGUAUUGAGGACCCAAACUUGCCUGGAAAUGAUGUUGGACGGAGCUCUUACGGUGCCAUGCAGGUAAAGGAGGUGUUCAACUACGCGUAUCUCAUCUUGAGUCACGCUGUAUCUCCACUAUCACGGUCUUACCAUAACAGAAACAUGGAAAGCACAUUGGGGCGCAUCAUUAAAGUGACCCAAGAAGUGAUUAACAAUAGGGAGUGGCUCAUUCACCAGUGGGAAAACAGACACAAUGCCAAGAUGGACAGAAAAGUCCAGAAUGUUGAAGACUCGGAGGAGCAGAACUUGAGUGAGGAGCAGAGAGACUCAUCCCCUCACAUUGCAGGCUCACCUGUGUCCCUGUCCAGCCUUAAACGGCACUCUUCAUCCUCUUCAUCUUCCUCCGUGUCCUCUGUCUCUGGUAGUGAUAUUGAUUCUGACCCGCCCUGCAGAACAUCUGUUCUUCAAGAGAUGUUCCCAGUGUCCUGUGUGAUUGAUGCCAAUCAGAAACCACAGAGGAAGGCAAACACAUCUGGAGCAUUCCUAAUUUCCAGAGGUCAGUCACACCAGCUACUCUGUAAACCGUGUAUGGAUGGGUCGACUUAUGUGAAUGGAGUGUACCACAUCUCUCCCCCGGUCUAUUCCAGCUCAACACCCAGUCCCAGUUACCAUGCUAAAAAUGGCCAAAUGUUCAAUGUAAAAGGGGCUCAACAUUCCAAUGGUUUUGAGCACAAUGACAUGCCUGGCCUCAGAGGACAUCAGCCUCAGUAUGGUCGUAGCUGCUGGCAACGUCGGAGGAGGGACACUGCUCCCAUAAGCCUCAGCAGAUAGUGCCACCCGCUCUGCCUGGCAUUCCUUUGGUUUCAAAGUUAGCACUUCCACUUAAGAUGGGCACCUCGCCAUGUUACACGUCAUGGCUCUACUGCACUAUUGAGCGUUUCUUCAGUCCAGCGCUACCUGUGACUACACAUUUGGACUUACCCAUUUUAAUUUUACAUUGUCUGAUUUUUCUCUCUUUUUGGGAAUGUUUUUGAUAACCAAAGUCAGUUUGGCAGCACUGCUAGACUGUGCUUAUUUUUGUACUGCAAGACUUUGAAGUGCCAUCUAUGUGCAAUAUGGGGGUUUUAUAUUUCCUUUUUUUUUUUAAGUUCAAUUUUAAGUUAAUCUUAAGUUUCUUAGAUUUAAAUAUAAGAUGACAUCCACUAUGGCUCACUUUGGAUGUCCAAAGUAUUUUAUCAUGUUCAAAUCCAUAUCACACAGUUUUAUUAUUGAGAUUGUGGUUUUGUGCAAGCUAAAAUCUUGAAUGUACUACUUGCCCAUAUGCUGGCCUUUCAGACAUGCACUUCAGUUUUUGUACCAGCUAAUAAUUGCUUCCUACCAAAAUCAUCUGCCCUCUCUCAGGCUUGUAUACUGCCAUACGUUUAAUGUCUUUAAUUGAAUGCAUUAAAAGGAUGGUUCAUCCAAAAUGUAAGUUAUUUAUAAUUUACUCACCCUUGUGUUUUUCUUAAAACCCAUAUGACCAGCUUGCAUGAAACAUUAAAGAACAUUCAUCACUUUCAUUGUUUGGAAAAAAUCAUAUAAUGAAAGUGAAUGGUGACUGAGGCUUAUAUUCUACCUAAUGUAUCAUUUUGUGUUGCACUGAAACGAGUCAUGGAUUUUGAAGAACAUGAGGGUGUGUAAAUUAUUCUUUUGUAUUUUAUAGUCUGUCUUUGUUUUUUUACAUAUAUUUGAGGAUUAAAUGAAUGUGCUGACUUUUGUUUUCUGUUUACACAAGGGAUCAGUUAUAGCAGUGCAUGCCCUAACCAGUUCCAUAUUUCCUUUUUUGGGAGGUUUUCCCCACCCUUAAAUGCAUGAAAUGGACUAAUGUUGCCUUUUUGGACUUUUAAUUUUAUGUUCUGCCACCAGAUGGAGAUCUUGAUGCGUGUGUCGUCCACUUUUUAAUCACAUGAAGUGUCUUGAGAGAGGGAGUGUUUUGUGGCAAUGCAGUGUUUUAACUAUAGCUGUCAAACACUAAACGAUAUAUAUAUAUAUGGACCAACUGCAGUCUUCAAACCUGCAUGCAGGUCCUGAUUGAAUGUAAUGUCUUAAAUGUAAGACUCUUGAUUUUCAGAUUACAUUUUGAUGUAUCUUUUUGUACUCUAUUUUUUUUUAAAUAAACCUCUUAA